CCCCAACACCCCCCCCACACCCCCCCCCCCCCCACCGGGGCGGCCUUCACCGCGAGGCUUCUCCAGGGUUGGCAGGCGACGCUGGCAGGGAGAAAGAGACACAGUAGAUCGCUAGAAUAAUUCCGGUAGUCUUCAAAGGACAGUCCUUCCGAGACGCGGAUAUCUUCGCUUACAAUUGCCUCUCGCCAUGGACUCAGAAUACCUGAAGCUGCGCAUGGGCCCGUGUCUGGCGGCCGGCCUGGCCGACCUGGUGCUCCGGCGCCCGGCGGAUCCCAUCGAGCAUCUGGCUCUGUGGCUGUACAAGUACCGCGAGAACGCCGCGCACGCUGCGGCGAGGGCAGAGGAGAUGGUGGAGCUUCAGAAGCAGAGGGAGGAGGCUGCCUCGCAGGAGACCCAGAGAGAAGCGGAGAGAGAAGCACUGAGAGAAGCAGAGCGGGAAGCGCAGAGGGAAGCACAGAGGCCAUUAGAGAAGCAGGAGCAGCUGAAGCUGGAAGAUGAGAGGCUGCAGAAUUCGUCAGAAACAAUACAACCGCCGCAGGAGGUUGAGCAGGUGGCCGAGGAUAGGACUUUGGUUGAUGCCUUCUCUCGGCCGGGGGCACCAACGCUGCCCACGCUGCAGGAGGGAGACGAGAGUAGCGUUCACGAGGACGAUGAGCGAAGAGACAAUGAGGGUGGAAUAACCGAGCUGUCAGCGCAGGCUCGCGGUCAGACGCCCACCACCGCCGUCGCCACCGAUGCAGCCGAAGCGCGAGACGGGGACGGCGAGAUGACGGAACAGCACGGAGACGGGGAGGGAGGAGCCGGCGGGGAUGAUGGCGCGCCAGACACGAGCAGGGAUGACGAAGUCGAAAGGACCAACGUCGACAUGGCAUCGGAAGAGGGAGUACCUGCCCUGGCUGACCCUGAAUAAUAGACGUGAAAUGUCACAGUAUUCAAGCCAAGUUUUUAUUUAGUAUAUUUAUAAAAAUUAUAUCGAACUUAGGCCCUACAUCUACUAGGCACAAUAUCAGUUUGCUGUGUUUUGACAUAUAUAUGGGAAAUAUGUAGUGAUUGCAAUGUUAAAUAAACAAAUUGUGGGAGACUUUUAUUCCAAAAUUAUAAAGCACCUUUGAUUACAAAUACUUCAGAGUGUAUUUCAGCUGAGUUUCACCGUACGGUAUUCUCUAUUAUCUUCUGAACUGCUUUUUGUGAUUAGUUUGUUGUCCUUCCCCUGCACCUCCCAUUAGCACGGGUGGUUACAUAUGGUGCGAAAGAAGUUGAACAUACAUAUAAGUUUGACGGAAAUUUAUAACGAAUGGCUUCGUGGAGAAUAUUAGUAACAAAAUAAAUAAGCAGUUCAUACACUUUU